CUACCAUGCCGGCUGGCCCGGACGACCUUGCAAGCUCCGGCCUGUCGACGGCCCUCCUCUCGCCCUCGCUGCCGUCCAACAGCCACCACGAUGCGGCGAUGGGCGUCGACGAGAUGCUCCGAAGCUUCGCCGGCGAGUUCGGGGCGUGGCAGCUCCGUCACUUCACCCUCGUCAGCCUCGCUUGGGCCCUCAAUGCCUUCCACACCAUGGUCGUCGUCUUCGCCGACCGCGAGCCAGACCGUCGUUGCGUUGGCCGGGCCGGGUGCUGCGCCGAACCCGGUUCGUGGGAGUGGAGCAGCGGGCCGGGUGCGUCGACGGUCGCCGAGUGGGGGCUGGUGUGUGGAGAGAAGUACAAGGUAGGGAUGGCCCAGUCGGCUUUCUUCGUCGGUUCGAUGAUCGGUGCUGGCAUCUUCGGCCACCUCUCAGAUUCUUCACUUGGCCGGAAAGGCACCCUCAUCGUCACCACCGCCCUGAACGCUGUCUUCGGCCUCCUCACCGCACUCUCCCCCUCCUUCUGGUCCUAUGCCGCACUUCGCUUCCUCACCGGCCUUGCCACUGGUGGUGUUGGCCUCUCCGCCUUCUCCCUUGCCACCGAGCCCGUCGGCCCCUCCAUGCGUGCCCCAGUCGCCAUGUCCACCUUCUACUUCUUCUCCCUCGGCGCCGUUCUUCUCGCCCUCAUGGCUGCCUCUUUCUCCAACUCUUGGCGAACACUCUACACCAUCUCCUCCCUCCCCUCCUUUCUCUUCCUCGUUGCCGUCCUCCCUUUUGUCUCCGAGUCCCCUCGUUGGUACUUGGUCCAUCAUGACAUCCCCCGAGCCAUGGAAGUCAUGCGAACGAUCGCCAAAACCAAUGGCAACCAACUCCCAGACAACAUCUCACUUCUUCUCGACUCCGAUAUCUCCCAAAAUACUCUUCCAACCUCAAAUAUUAUUGAUGUCAUCCACUCUCCGAUCACCCGAACGCGCCUAAUUCUCACCGUCGCCAUCAACUUUCUGAGCUCUAUAGUUUACUAUGGCCUUAGCCUCAACGUUGGAAAUCUUAGCACUGACCUUUACACUAGUGUGAUCCUAAAUGCCAUCGCCGAGGUGCCGGCCUACGCCCUCACGGCCAUGUGUUUGAAGUGGUCAGGGCGGCGGCCGCUGACGAUCGGGACAAUGUGGCUUAGUGGGAUGUUUUGCGCCGCCGGCAGCCUGCUGCCUGACAUCAGGGUGUGGAGUGCUGUGAGGACUGCAUGCAGUGUGGUGGGGAUUUUUUCGAUGGCGGCGACCUUCGACUUGUUGUUCAUUUACACGGCGGAGCUGUUCCCGACGGUGGUCAGGAGCGCAGCAUUAGGAUGCGUGACGCAGGCUGGGCAGACGGGGGCCAUAGCGGCGCCACUGGUGGUGGUGUUGGGAGGGAAUUGGCCCUUUGGGGUGUUUGGGGUGUGUGGGGUGGUUGGUGGGGUGUUAGGUUUCUUUUUGCCAGAGACUUUGAACAGGCCGUUCUAUGAUACCAUGGCUGGACUGGUGAGUGGUGAGAUGGGGAAGGGAGUUGAAGAUGGUCAUGGACAUUUCGUAUGUUAGAGGGCUUUUGGUACGAGAUCGGAGGAUCUGAUAGGCAGAGGUAGCUUUAUGGAAUUCGUUUGCUUGUGUGGGAUGGAAUCUAAUUUUGUAAACGAGAAAAGCCUGGCUCUAUAUAAUUAUGUGGGAAAGUUUGCAAAUACUGUAAUAAUUAUGUGGGGAAUUG